AUGUCUCGUCACCACCCCGAUCUCGUUAUGUGCCGCAAGCAACCCGGCAUCUCUAUCGGCCGUCUGUGCGACAAAUGCGACGGAAAAUGCCCCGUCUGCGAUUCCUACGUGCGCCCCACGACCCUGGUCCGCAUCUGUGACGAGUGCUCCUUUGGAAACUACCAGAACAAAUGUGUUGUCUGCGGCGGCGAGGGCAUCAGUGAUGCGUUCUACUGCUUUGAAUGUACGCGCCUCGAGAAGGACCGCGAUGGAUGUCCCAAGAUCAUCAAUCUGGGAAGUUCAAGGACAGAUCUGUUCUAUCAAAAGAAAAGUUUCCGGAAUCAAUGA